AUGGAUUUUACUCGACGUCAAAUUGAUAUUUUACUUACUGGCGAUGUUCAACUUGAUGUCGAUGAUAAUUUUAAUAGUAUUAUUAUACAAACAUUACAAUUUAGGUUUUUUAACCAAUCAGUUCAACAUUUUGUCGAAUAUUUAUGUGCUGCAGGAGAUGAUUGUGAUUGGUUAUAUGCAAAACAAAAAGUUCCACCUCUAUUAAACAUCGACUAUAGUCCACUUUAUAAAGCUAUAGAACCAUUGUUGUAUGAAUCAACAUCAAGUACGAAUGUUGCGAAAUGCUAUCAAAAUGAUACGCUCAUUGAUUGUCUGGGAGGCAUGUGCUCGUAUUUACCAUUUGAUAUAUCUAGUAUACCAUCGAUCAGUCGUUCUUGUUCGAGAUAUAAUCAGUUUGAACUUGGUAUUAUUAUUGAACGACGACAAAUCGAUCCUGGUCCAUCGAUACACGAUUUGGACGUAUUUGGAUUUCAAUGUAAUAAAGAUCAAUGUAACGGACCAAAAAAUGAAGAUGAUCUUAGACGUGUAGUUCAAUCGAAUAAUGAUUGGAUACUUCAAAUUGAAAAUGAUUCUUCAUCUUUACAAAUGACUAACAACUAUGUCAUACUAUUUUUUGUAUUUAUAAUUAACCACAAACAUUUCGAAUAG